AUGACCCGGCUAUCGGAAAUAUACCAUCCUCCUGACGAUGUCAAGGGCUCUCUGACAGUAUUCCAGUUCCUGCUCAUUUACUGUCUGGGCCCAUUGGUGCUAGCACCUCUUAGCGAAGUGCUCCGCCGCGUUCCCAUUCAGCAGUCAGAAAAUGUCUUCUUCCUCGCUUUCAAUCUGGCCGCGGCACCACCGGUGAUAUCUUCCCCCAAAGAACAGCGCGGGCUAAGCCUUGCCCUUCUUAACAUGGGUCCCGUCCUCGGCUCCUGCCUCGGCCCCAUAGCAGGCGGCUACAUAACAGACUACUCAACCUUACGAUGGGCCUUCCACGCAACCUCAAUAUUCGCCGGUGUCAUAAUCCUAACCUCACUAUGUCUUUCACGCGAGACCUACGCCCCAGUCCUCCUCCGCCAUAAGAAACAAGCUCUCCAACUUACCCCAGCCUACAAAGGCCUCACACUCCUCACCCCAUACGAGCAAGCCACAAACACCAACACACCUUCCACCACCAAAUCCCAAACCCUAACAACCCUCUACCACCGCACCCUCUUCCGCUCUCUCCACCUCCUCCUCACCCAACCCAUUGUCCAAGCCCUCUCCCUCUACUACGGCUACAUCUACAACCUCGUCUACCUCGUCUACCUCAUCCUCUCGACCAUCCCCACCCGAUGGAAAACCCAAUACCACCUGCCCGCCAGCACCGGCUCCCUGCACUACCUCGCCCCAUGCAUCGGCUACCUCCUAGGCGCACAAAUCUGCGCCCUAGUCUCAGACAAGAUCUACCUGCAUCUCAAAACCUCCAACCACGGCAUCGGCAAGCCCGAAUUUUCGCCUCCCACUCAUGAUCCCCGCGAUACAGAAACCCACUGGAUCGUUCCAGUUAUCGGUAUUGCUCUGCCGCUCAUGGGCGCUACUGUCAUUCUCCAAUGUACGAGCGCGUACCUCCUCGAAGCGUAUAGUGUGUAUGGGGUGAGUGCGAAUGGUGGAGCCUAUAUCCUGCGGGGCUUGACGGGGUUUGGAUUCCCGUUGUUUAGUCCCAUUAUGUAUCGCGUGCUGGGAUAUGGAUGGGGAAUAUAG